AUGACCGUGGUGCCUGGCAAGGGAGGUCAGUCCUUCAUGGUCGACAUGAUGGAGAAGGUUCGAAGCGUGCGAGCGAAAUAUCCAGAGAAAGACAUCGAAGUUGACGGGGGCGUCAAGGUCCACACGGUAGAUGAAGCCGCCAAGGCAGGUGCAAAUAUGAUUGUGUCUGGCACUGGCGUAUACAAGGUGGAAGACAUGGCCUUGGCCAUUUCUACGAUGAAGAGAUCUGUGGAGCUUUACGGAAAUGGGUUCAGCUCCGACAAACUAUCGCCCUUGCGCUAUGACAAGGACUUGACAGGAGGCUACGCCUAG